UAGCUCGACGCUUCUCUCACUCCUAACCCGACGGAACGCGAGUCCCUCGGUUCGGCUUGACGGGCUACGGAGGAGAACCGAACCCCGCCAGUAACGAGUGGUAACAAUAACCUCCAGCUGUGACGAACCGACCAGAGUCUCUUUGAAAAUAUUCUACGGGGCGUCGGUACUUGCUGCUGUACCCGGUUCGGCGCAUAGGUUGAGCGACACAUUAAGUGGCUGCGUUCACAUUUGCGGCAGAAUAGAAAUCCGAUAACGUUCAUAAAAAAACGACAUAACGGACAGGGGUUUUUGAGGGGUGGGGGUGUGGCAAAGGGGGGGGGGGGUGAAAUGUUCGGUUAGCACUACUGUCCUGCGGGGAGGGUGUCCAACACUGAGCUGCAGUUUCUCCUCAAGAGGCGAGGAAUGCAAGCUGAGCAUCAAUGUUUCACUGGGGCAAGUGGAAGAAGAGGAUGGGAGCCAAUAGUUCUUCAAAGAGGCCAGUUUUCGAUGAAAAGGAAGAUGUGACCUUUGACCACUUUCAGAUAUUACGUGCCAUUGGGAAAGGAAGCUUUGGAAAGGUAUGCAUUGUGCAAAAGAGGGACACGGAGAAGAUGUAUGCCAUGAAGUACAUGAACAAGCAGCAGUGCAUAGAGAGAGAUGAGGUCCGAAACGUCUUUAGAGAGCUUGAGAUCCUUCAGGAAAUUGAACAUGUUUUUUUAGUAAAUCUCUGGUACUCCUUCCAGGAUGAGGAGGACAUGUUCAUGGUGGUGGACCUGCUGCUGGGCGGAGAUCUGCGCUACCACCUGCAGCAGAGCGUUCAGUUCAGCGAGGACGCCGUCAAACUCUACCUGUGUGAGAUGACGCUGGCGCUCGACUAUCUGCAGAACCAACACAUCAUCCAUAGAGAUGUGAAGCCAGACAAUAUCCUGCUAGAUGAGCAAGGUCACGCCCACCUGACGGAUUUCAACAUAGCAACAAUAAUAAAGGAUGGAGAGAGAGCUACGGCCUUAGCUGGAACCAAGCCUUACAUGGCCCCAGAGAUCUUCCAGUCUUUUGUAAGUGGGGGCACGGGCUACGCCUUCGAAGUAGACUGGUGGUCACUCGGGGUGACGAUCUUUGAAGUGCUGCGUGGAUGGAGGCCCUAUGACAUCCAUGCUAGUAACUCCGUGGAGUCCCUAAUUCAGCUCUUCAGUACAGUCAGUGUCCAGUACAGCCCGACCUGGCCCAAGGACCUGGUUUCCCUCAUGAGGAAGCUUCUGACAGUGAACCCAGAGCAUCGUUUCUCCAGCCUGUCCGACAUGCAGGCAUCUCCGUACCUCGCGGACGUCAACUGGGACGCCGUGUGCGAGAAGAAGUUGGAGGCGGGAUUUGUUCCUAACAAAGGCCGCCUCCACUGUGACCCCACCUUUGAGCUGGAAGAGAUGAUCCUGGAGUCCCGUCCCCUACAUAAGAAGAAGAAGAGACUGGCCAAGAACCGCUCUCGUGACAACAGCAAGGAUUCUCAGUCUGAGAAUGACUACCUACAGGAGUGCCUUGAAGUGGUGCAGCAAGAGUUCAUGAUCUUCAACCGCGAGAAGUCCAAAAGGCGUCAGGAGGAAGGUCAGUCAGAGGCCGGCGGCGACGACGCCACCGACGACGGGGAAGCCGAGGCCGGGGCCACCGACGAGGAUGCGCCCGAGCCAGAACCCGAGCCCGAGCCGGAGGCCGAGUCCUCCUCCAAACUGAGCAUGUGUGGCUCUGUCUGCUCCUCCCCAGCCAGCUGCUAGCGCCGCACCUUCUCGCAGGUGACGGUGGUGGCGGCAGGUCUCUCCCUGGCCGCCCUGCAGUGUCCGCGGCACGUCGAUGGAUGCACCUGCUGUCGUAGCUGGGAGCCCAGGGGGCGCGCAGCCGGACCCAAAAUGGCUCCCACUAUUUCCCUCCUCUUUUUUUUUUCCUUUCUUUUUUUUCGGUAGCAUCUCUCCGGCCGUGAAUGAAGCAGAUUUCCAGAGAUUUCCCCGCCCCAGACUAAACUCUAUCUUCUAUGCAAUCUUACGGAAUAGCAUGACAAAUAAGGUAUUAUUUACUAAGAGUUGUCCUUCACAAGCAUGAUGACAUCCCAAGCAAUAGAUGUCCACGAGGUUGCCGUUUUGGUGGAGAAGCCUUCACUCUUGGCCUCCAUGUUCAAAAUCUGGCUGAAUUAUUCAGCAUACGCAGCAGGCACUCACUUCAUGUUGUCACCCGUGUCUUUUAAUUCACUGACCGGCCUUCCCCCCCUCCUUCACCCUGGCCUCCUUCAUUCUCCUGGAGCUCCUUCAUCCGGUUGCACUUUUGCAGAAAGUGUCCACGUGUUCAUGUUGUAAACCUGUUCAAAGUGGUGCCUGCUGACGAUAAUCAGUAUUGUAGCCAAAAUGUUAGUUUGACUUUAAAAGCUUGACAAAUAUUGUUUUUCCGACCGUUAUCUUUUUUUUAGGAUGGUAAGAUACUGUAAUUUAAAGGAAUCCUUACAGCAAACCGACUGAACAGUUUUGUUUGUCAUUUGUUUCCCAAGAUGCAGCAUUUAAGCCCCGCCCCCAUGUUCUGUGUGGACUCAGAGGAUUCAAAAACUCGGGGGUCAUCUGUAAAUGCCAAUCAUUAAGAAUCUAUUAGCAAAGCACCGCUUACUUCUUUUAGAUGUUGUGAUCUCUUUGUGCUUUGGUUAGCGCCAAGGAUCAUCUCCCCGUAGAGCUUGUUCCUGUACUCUUAAUGUGUAGCUGUGCCCUGUCGGUACAUCAAAUUUAUAUAGAUGAGUUAGUCUAUUGCUGCCACAGUGACAGUGGUACAUUUAAAGUGACACCGUUGGAUCUCAGUCUGAUCGCCUGGGAACUUGUAGCAAAGGUUCACCUUGAAACCCCUAAGGCCUAAUAAAAUGAAAACAAUGUAAAUAGCAUACAGAAUAGGUUACUUAAACUCACCACAGUUUUAUGUGGGAUUGCGAACUCAACAUACAAACUAAAGGAAGAGCUACGUGAAGCUUCACACUGCUUUGUUCUGCUCUUUUUUCCAAGUGUGCAGGCACAACUUGUAGGCAAAAUAUGCCAAAGCUUUUCUACCAUUUGCAUAACCAUUUCUAAGGAACUUAAAUGUGUGAAUGUGCGUCUCUUCUUCUUAGUAUAACGUAAAGUCAAUUUUCCUUCUGCGAGUGAAAAUGCUCUCAUUUAUACAGUCAUUUUGUGAUUAUGUAUAAAGUAUCUAUUUCAGGUAAGGUGGCGGGGGGCCUUAAUAUAAUAGGUAACAAUUUGGGAAAUACACCCAGCAUUGCCAGAUAUGAUAGUCAUUACAUUUGUUUGAUAAUUGCCUCUGCUACGAUAGUUGAACAUUUCCCAUCUGGCAACGCUGAAUAUGCCUAUUAGUGGUUUUUACAAUUAUCAAAUGAGAAGGAUAUCACUUUCAUGUCUGUGCGACAAGAGGCGAAGCUUCACAUGAACACCGGGAGCAGGGGAAAGCAGCUAGAAUAAUGCAUUUAAAUUAUGCACAAACCGUAAAGCUGGGCUACACAUUACAGAACACUUAUGAUUGCCUCCAGUAGCCUAGAAGUUACUUUCUCAUUUCUCUAUUGUGACGUAUUUAAGAGGGGUUGCCCACGAAAAGACAAGCCAAAUAUAUUCUAACAUGACAACAAACUCCUUUUUUUAAAUUAAAAAUAAAACCUAGAAAAGAAGCUGAGUAUGCAGCACGCUGUUGUCUACAUUGUGAUGGUUGUUGUAAUGACAAUAACUUGUGUAGGAGCUUGUUUGCUGGCUUAACAGUAGCUCCACGUAGGGUUUGUAUUGGUUUAUUCUCUCUGCGUUCGGUUGGCAGAGCGCUAUGCUAGCUUGCUAGCUUGCUACCCUGCGGGAUUAUUAGCCUUUAACAAAAGAGGGUAAAUGUGACACUAACUCACUGCCACAAGUUGUAUUAUUAACUUGUUGUGUGUUGUGCGCUGAGUGAGGCUAACAUUAAGCUACCUAGCUAAUAUUUAGCAUGGAGUUGUUGGAAGGCCCAUCUGAGUAAGUAAUACGUUAUGUAGCUAAUCUUCGCUGUUGAACAGUUUUUAAGUUAUUGUAAAUAUAUUUGUUAUAUGUGAUUAUUACAUUUCAUUUGACUAAUAAUAGUUUCUACCACCAAUGUAGCAGCAGAAUAGCUGUGAAACUGUGGUCCUGCUUCCAGUCCUUUUGCUGAGCUCAACAAAUGGCUUCAUUGCCACAGCUUCAAACUUAACGCACAGACACGGGAGUCGGCCCCAUCUUCCCAUCUCACUCUUUCAGAAAUAACUCAAAUAAGCGUAUUUUCCAAAAGGUAUGGGUAUAAAACAAGAUAAACUAUUAGAUUAAAAGUUUCUUUAAAGGGAUAUUAAGUUGCAUCUAUCAAGUUCGCCAAAAUAUUUGAUGAAUUGAGUAGUUUUGAACCCUGCACUUUUCUUUUUUUUCCUUUUUUUUUUGUUGCAUGUACCUUUUACAAUAUAAGCCUGUUUUUGCCAAAGCCUGGAGCUUCAGCCUUACUGGCUUAUUUGUGCAUGCAAAAGCUUUUGGUAACACCUCACCUGAUUAUAGAAACAGUCCAAAUCAGUAUAACUUGGCCUGCAUAAUGUCUCUGAACAUUGAGUUUUGUGAAACUGUACAACAUUGUAUAAUCCCAGUGUUAUAUGGACGGCAUGAUAUUGUUAGAUGAUAUGCAGUACCUAUUGACAUCCUGUAGGUUGUCUUAAUGCUUAGUUCAAGUACCCAUGCUCGUACCCUUGUAGGAUGAGUGGAAUGAGGUCAGCGGUUGUGUCUGAAUCUCCGUUGUGCAUUAAAUGUUGCGUUAGAAGAAGAUUUGGAACUGGGGCAGGUUUUCACUUCACCCCAAAACUGCAUUAUUAAAACGUUAAAAAAAAAGAAAGUAUGACUUUAAGACGGAAUAAAAACUGUUAAGAGUCGACAUAGGCCUGCACUGGAUAUGUAGUUAUUUGAAUCAUCUCCAAGUGGAUAAUACGAGUUUGUUCAUCUAAGCGUAGCUUUUAUCUUAAGUUACAAUACUAAUCAACAGUUUUAACAGUUGUUCCUUGAUGUCAGUGAUUAUUUCCUAAUUGGACCGUGCAAUUCCUCCCAACGUUUCUUUAUCUGUUAUAAUGUCCUUGAGGCAUUGUGUUAGUAUUUGACAGCAACAGCAUGUCUCCUAUUCCAUUUCCCCAUGGAUGCUCUCGUGUUGUACCAUACUGUAGAUGUCUUACCUCUGUGGAUACAGUCUGAAACUCAGUGCCCUGUUGAGGAAACUCAUCAAAAAGAAGAUGUGAUUUUUUUCCUCCUCUUGGUCCUGCUUUAUGCUGCGGGAUUUUGAGGCGGUAAUCAGUGAGAAGCGUUGUUAAUGUACCAACGGAAACUGCUUUGUGUGUUUAGAAAAAUAAAUGCUGCUUUAACUGCUUUGAUAAAGUAAUAAAUCUCCUUCCAAUA